CUCUGAUAAAUGUAGUUUUUAAUAGGCUAUGUUGGAAUUUUAUCCAAUUUUAAGGGUUUUUUUACCUCACUUAGUCUCGGAACAACGGCUAUCUUAAAUAGAAUGAUAACAUAGGAUUACGUUUUGAGUUUAUUUUUAAGUAGUAUUUGUUUCUAGGUUCGUUUAUGGUCGUUGUUAUUGUUGAAUGUUUUGUGGUGACCUGUCGUUCGAUAGAAGUUUGUUGUGCUGAUGGGAAGCAGGAAUACUCGAUCAUCUCAGGAAAACACGAUAGAAACAAGUAGUAAUCAGAUGGAUCAUUCGUCGGACGAGGAGCCAGACCUGGCCAGGGUGCUCUCCCACCUUCUAAGAACGGGCCAAGUCCAGCUGAUCCGGACUAAUUCAGGAGAUGGGGGGCGCAUCCAUAUUGUCCAUGGAUUCCAAGAUAGUGAUGUAGAUGAUAGCGAUGAUGAUGAUGAUGAUGGGCUAUUGUGGCAUACAGAUUUGCUCAGUUCUAGACAAAGACAACCACCCCCUGAAGUGACUCCAGACACUAGCAAGCUGAAGGAAAGCCAUAUUAUGCAGCAAAUACAUCUGUCAAGUGGGGAGUCUCUGAAAAAGACAAAUGUUGCUUCAAAACUGAAAAUGAGAGAAACUGGUAUCAGGCAUAUCAGGCAACAGCCAAAUUUUUCACCAGGAGAUUGUGCUAUGGUCAGUUCAGAGUAUUUGCCCAAUACAAUGACAGUCAAAGCCAAGUACAGGCAAAAGGCAUUUUGUGGCACUUAUUCUAGAGACGGGACAGUGUUUCUCUCUGCCUGUCAAGAUGAAGUCAUACGACUGUAUGAUACUACUAAGGGCCAGUUCAAGAAGUUUCACAGCAUUCAAGCAAGGGAUAUUGGUUGGAGUAUUAUAGACACUGCUUUCAGCCCUGAUCAGCAGUAUUUCAUCUAUUCAAGUUGGUCUGAUUAUGUUCAUCUUUGUAACAUCUAUGGGGACUACAACACACAUGUGGCCCUGGAUCUCAGGCCCGAGGUGUCACGGUUCUGUGCCUUUUCCAUCACAUUUUCACAUGAUAACACAGAAAUACUUGCAGGCGGGAAUGAUGCAUGUUUGUACAUCUAUGACAGAGGGUCUGAACAGCGAACUUUAAGGAUUGAAGGUCAUGAGGACGAUCUAGGGUCUGUACGAUUCGCUGAUCCUGGAUCACAGAUAUUCUACAGUGCAGGAGACGAUGGCUUAUGCAAGGUAUGGGAUCGGCGAACUCUCAACGAGACCAACCCUUGCCCUGUUGGGGUCCUGUCCGGUCAUGCAGACGGCAUCACAUGCAUAGCCUCAAAGGGUGAUGGCCGGCACCUUAUCACAAACUCCAAGGAUCAAACCAUCAAGCUCUGGGACAUCAGGAAGUUUUCGGACAACGACGGGAUAGUGGCAACAAAGCGAGCUGUUGCCAGUCAACGAUGGGACUACAGAUGGCAGAAAGCACCCAGGAAAAGUCUAAAGCCCAGAACUCUUGCUGGGGACGUGUCAUUGAUGACGUACCGAGGUCAUAGUGUCCUCAACACUCUCAUUCGCUGCUACUUCUCUCCAGAUCACACUACCGGCCAGAGAUAUAUCUACACAGGUUGCUCUACCGGUAGUGUUGUCAUUUAUGACAUCCUGACAGGAGAGGUCAAAGCGCGACUCACCGGUCAUAAUUCCUGCGUGAGAGAUGUGUCAUGGCAUCCUUAUGAGAACAAAAUCGUCAGCUCUUCUUGGGACGGUAUGGUCGGCCUGUGGCAGUACGAAUGCAGUGAUGAUCCCGUAGACAUCGAACUGCCGCCGGACUCUCCUGAGACACCGCCGAACCUCCCUCAGCCCCCGAAGAGACGGUCCCGACGGCUUCAAGUGGUAAGACGAUCCGCGGGCAAUGACAGUCAGUAACUAUUCGACUUAAAUCUCAAACGCCCCGAGCUCUCAGGAAACACCGCCGAACUUCCCUCAGCCCCCGAAGAGACGGUCGCGACGGCUUCAAGUGGCAAGACGAUCCGCGGGCAAUGACGGUCAAUAACUAAUCGACAGGCCCGUAGCCAGGGAGGGGGGGGGGGUGGGGUUCGGGGGGUUCAGACGGAGAAACGUUCUGUAGAAACAAACGCCCCCCCCCCCCCUCGCCGAAAAUCCUGGAUACGGGCCUGAAACUGAAUCCUAAACGCCCCGAGCUGUCCCGAAACACCGCCGUACAUUCCAGUGCUUUAAACAUCGUCAGGAGUACCCUGGUAAAAUCGGUAACGUCCUGUGCCCGGAAACGAUUGCUUAGCAAAAUUUGGGGUAGGGAAAAGAGGAUACUGCUUAUACACAAAUACGAAGGGGUUAUAACCCCCCUUACGUCUGUAUAUAAGCAUUAGGAGUUUUUAACUUUCAUAUUCUAUUAGUAGGUGAUUUGUAUUUUAUUUUUUACGGUGUGAUGGUCUUGUGAGUUAGAUUGGUUCAAAUUUGUCAAUUGUAGAAAAGGAAGUCGUUAUGUUUUAGCUAACCAUUAGGUCCUAUGGUUUGGGGGGGGGGGGGGGGGGCAAAGAUAAUAUGGACAUUUUGAAUAUUGUCUUGUUGGAAAACUCAUGCCGUCAAACCUCUUGCCAUUCAGAAAUUACCUGAGCUGAGCAGUGGCGGAUCCAGGAUUUCAAAAUGGGGGGUGGAUAAUGGUCGGAUAGACGGCAUAUAACUGAUCCAGUGGUUCUGGGUAGGUCACUUCAUAGAUCUUACGAUACUUCACGCUGAAUUGGAUUUUUCGCGUCAGCAAAGUCAAGCAGGCGGACUGUACCUUACGUCCCUCAGGCAUUUAUGUUUUUCGAACAGUGACUUUUCAGUUUUUUUACUCAAAAAGUGGGGUGGGUAUCCACCCAGUCUACCUCCCCUGUAUCCGCCCCUGCUGAAUGGCUUGUUGGUACUGACUGUAAAUAUGGCAAAAUAAAAGAUUUCGAAUGAGCCAA